GUUCCACGCGGUAUGGCGCGUACGACAGUUGUGUUUGCGGUUGUCUGCGGGCUUGCCCUCCUACUCUGUGGCCUUCUCCCUGCCACCUCUGCUCACUCGGCCGACGACGAGUUUGACGACGACCUGACCGAGGUCGAUUCUGAUGUGGUCAUUCUGGGCGAUGACAACUUUGAUGCCCGUGUCAUGGACGGUUCCUGGCUUGUCAAGUUCUAUGCCCCGUGGUGUGGCCACUGCAAGGCUAUCGCUCCUGUGUGGAAGGAGACGGCCUCCCAUCUCCUCGGCGUGACGUCGAUGGGCAAGGUCGACUGCACCGUGCACUCGUCCAUCUGCUCCCGCUACGGCGUUCGCGGCUAUCCGACGCUCAAGUACUUCAAGGAUGGUGUGCCGCGCGACUACCGCGGCGGCCGCUCGGUCGAGGCCCUUGUCGCCUACGCCGAGCGCAUGGCUGGCCCACCUGUCGCUAUCCUCGAUGACGAUGCCUCCGAGAAGGACUUUCUGAGCAAGGACGGCACCAAGUUUGUGGCCUACACUGCUGACGACGACGCUGACCUUGCCGACGCGUUUGAGGACGUCGCCGAGCGCUUUGUCGAGCAUGCAUUCUUUGGCCUCACCUCUGACCCGGCCAUCGCCACCAACGUCUUCCUCAGCGACAAGUCCUCCGGCAUCGUCGCCAUCAAGUCGGACGAGACCGUUGUGUACGAGGGCGCCCUCGACAACGUCGACGCCAUCCGCACCUUUGUUGACAUUCACCGCUACCCGCUCCUUGCCGAGCUCACCGCCGCCAACGCUGCCGACUACACCGGCUCGUCCAAGAUGAUUGCCCUCACCAUCGUCAACGGCCGCCGCAAGAAGAAGACCUCCAAGUACCUCGAGGUCGUCGCAAAGAUCGCCCAGGACAAGCGCGGCGACUUCCUCUUUGCCUACAUCGACGGCACACGCUGGUCCAAGUUUGCCGAGGACAUGGGCGUAGCCGAGAAGGACAUGCCGCGCACCGUCGUCUGGCACCCGUCCGAGUCGAUCCACUACCACGAUGUUAACGUGACCAAGGCCUCGGCCGUCGCCGACUUUCUCGACCGCGUCGUCGCCGGCGAGGUCGAGGCCCAGGGUGCCGGCGCCGGCCUUGUCUCGCUCCUUCAGCGCUUUGCCUCUACCGCCAUGGACGCCGUCGGACCCGUUGGCGUCGCUGUUGGCACCUUUGUCGCCAUGGCUCUUUGCGGCCUCUGCGUCUGGGCCGUCUUCUCCGAUGACGACGCCUUGCCCGACGCCGCCCCGCCGUCGACCCUCCCGCCGUCGACCAAGCCGAAGAACGAGUAAAUGAGUUUAUCCUCUCGUCGCAGGCUUUGGCUUGGGUGCGGGCUUGGGCACGGGCUUGGGCGCAAGCUUGG